AUGCCUCUUUCACAAGGGAGCACUGCUUCACACAAUCUUGUCAGAUUACAAAGCUGUGUAUUUAUUAUCUCUGUACAUGUUUUUUUUAAACAACUAAUUUAAGUCAUAAAUAUCAAGUCUUGAAGAUAUGAAAUUGGGAAAAUAUUGGUAUAUCUCUAUAAUUUUUUGCAGGGAUCCUUUCUGCUACUGAUAACGCUGUCAAGUAACGCCACCUAUACAGUCCCAGCUGACCAAAAGCCAUGCGCCCUCCUCGGUGUCAGCUGUGCAGUGAUUGGACCAAGUGUCUUGCUCCUCAUCAAAAGCCUGUGGAAAAUAUUAUUCAAAGACUCAGAGAAACCAUCAAAGAAGACGGUCGUGUGGGUAAGCACCAGGUGUUCAAAAAUAACAUUAUUUAUUAUUGUUCCCCUAGAUAAUGACGUAUCAGGGACAGAUCUGCUAACUUGUGUUGUCUAGGUGAGCAAUGGGAACGUUGAUUGAGCCAGGUUCAUGUAAUUUAGUUUGGAAAUGGGGAUUAGAUGCUGCAGGGGAGUGGGGGAGCAUAGGAAAAUGUUGCCCUUUUAAAACUAAAGGGAUAUUGUGCUGGGUUUUUACCGCUAUCUUAAACAUUUUCUUACCUUGAGAGAGGUUUUGUCAAGUGUGCUUUUGUAAAUGACUUUAGGAUUACAUUUGUAUGUUACAAUACUGAUAAUUAGCUCCUGAGUGGCGCAGUGGUCUAAGGCACUGCAUCGCAGUGCAAAACUGUGCCACUAGAUCCUGGUUCGAAUCCAGGCUCUGUCGCAGCCGGCCGCGACCGGGAGACUCAUGGGCGGCGCACAAUUGGCCCAGCGUCGUCCAGGGUAGGGGAGGGAAUGGCCGGCAGGGAUGUAGCUCAGUUGAUAGAGCAUGGUGUUUGCAACGCCAGGGUUGUGGGUUCGAUUCCCACAGGGGGCCAGUAUAAAAUAAAUAAAAAUAUGUAAGUCGCUCUGGAUAAGAGCGUCUGCUAAAUGACUAAAAUGUAAAAAUGUAAAUGUAUAAUUAGUGAAAACACUGUCGUCAAUGAAGUUUUGCCUUAAAAUGACAAUUAAUAGUAUGUUAUGAAAGGGGAACAGCAUCGGAGAAUCUGUUUUUUGGUUACUGCAUGAUUCCAUAUGUGUUAUUUCAUAGUUUUGAUGUCUUCACUAUUAUACAAUGUAGAAAAUAGUAAAAACAAAGAAAAACCCUUGAAUGAGGGUGGUGUGUCCAAACUUUUGACUGGUACUAUAUAUAUAUAUCACACAUAUUCAGUGGUACAAAGUACAAAGUGGUCCUCUGUAGCUCAGCUGGUAGAGCACGGCGCUUGUAAUGCCAAGGUAGUGGGUUCGAUCCCUGGGACCACCCAUACACAAAAAAAAAUAAUUAUGCACGCAUGACUGUAAGUCGCUUUGGAUAAAAGCAUCUGCUAAAUGGCAUUUUAUUAUUAUUAUUACUUAAGUACAAAUAUUUGAAAGUACUACUUAAGUAGUUUUUUGGGGUAUGUCACGUCUCCUCCCAUUGCUCCCCUCCGGCGCUCUGAUUCGCCGGUCUACUAUUUAGCCCUGGACUGUUCUGGAUGAUAUUGUGUGUGAUUGUUAAGCUUCGUGUCGUUUACGCUAGCUUUGUUGUUUCUCUUGCUUAUUGUUAAGUAAACCUUGACCUUGUUAAUUCCUGCGUCCUGCCUCUUCGUAUACUCAGUACGUGUCACAGGGUAUCUGUACUUUACUUUACUAUUGACAUUUUUGACAACUUUUACUUCACUACAUUCCUAAAGAAAAGAUUGUACUUUUUACUCCAUACAUUUUCCCUGACACCUAAAAGUACUCGUUACAUUUUGAAUGCUUAGCAGCACAUGAAAAUGGUCCAAUUCACACACUUAUCAACAGAACAUCCCUGGUCAUCCGUACUGCCGGACUCAUUAAACACACAUUUACAUUUUAGUCAUUUAGCAGACGCUCUUAUCCAGAACGACUUACAGGAUUAAUUAGGGUUAAGUACCUUGCUCAAGGGCACAUCGACAGAUUUUUCACCUAGUCGGCUCGGGGAUUAGAACCAGCGACCUUUCAGUUACUGGCACAACGCUCUUAACCACUAAGCUACCUGCCUCCCCAUACUUCAUUAGUAAAUUAUGUCUAAUUGUUGGAGUGUGCCCCUGGCUAUCCGUAAAUUUAAAAAAACAAGAAAAUGGUGCCGUCUGGUUUGCUUAAUGUAAGGAAUUUGAAAUGAUUUAUACUUUCACUUUUACUUUUGAUACUUAAGUACAUUUUAGUGUCUACAUUUACUUUUGAUACUAAAGUAUAUUUAAAACCAAAUACUUUUAGACUUUUACUCAAGCAUUAUUUUACUGGGUGACUGUCACUUUUACUUGAGUCAUUUUCUAUUAAGGUAUCUUUACUUUUACUCAAGUGCACAUAUUUAACCUAAUUAUUUGGGUAGGCACAAAACUACCUCCAUAUUUUCGGGAUGUCUCAUGGUCUGACAAAUACCGCUCUAGCUCUGGCACCUUUCACCGCAGAUGCGUAAGUGUGAUAUCGGUGUAUGCGGUGGAUUGAGACGCAUCCAAAAACAGAACUGUAUCUCUAGCUUAAACUGACUUUUUAUGGGAAUUGUUUUAUUAUGCUAAUUUAAAAAUAUGCGGGGUGCGGACAUUGACGUUAGGGAGUUAAGGCCAGAUCGUUGUGUUUCCUUUUUAUUUAAUGAACAGUAUGGGUUAUUUUAUAUUAGUUUCCCUUCAUCCUUUAGCAUUCCAUUUGCUUGCGUUUAAUUGAUACUAUUGUAAUUCUGAUAAUGUAACAUUUUCCAGGUACUGUGUGUCGAAUUCCUGGUGGCAAUGGGGACAGCGGAUCUCACCAUCAUUGCCAUGCCAUUCUUCGGCAUCAUGACCAAUGUGAUGAUGCUGAACAGCGUCAGCAUCCUGUCCUCCGUCUUCCAGGUGGGCGCUCAGUGCGUUGCGAGGGAGAGGAAACGAUUCAUAGUGCCCCCAAUCAUCUCAAUAGUCCUCAUACUGUCAGGCUACGUGCUCUUCAUCCUCAGUUACCUGCUGUUGAAAGAAGAUAGGGGGAUGAACGUCUGGAUCGGACUGGCAAUAGUGGGGACCAUCUUUGUCUCGCUGAACUGGUGGGAGAACUACUGCACCCUCUUCAAAAUCUCCUUCCUGAACAGUAUAUCCGAAGACAUAGCGAGAUCCAGGAAUGUGGUGAACAUCCUUUCCAGUCUGGUCCGGAUUCUGGUCACUGCAGCCGUGGUGGGGGCAUACGUCCCUCUGUCUGACAGAGUCUGGUCAUCGGUGACAUCAGUUCCAGAGAAUGUGGGGUUGGUGAUCCUGAUCUUGGUGGCCAUCCAGAUAGUGUCCUCCGCUCUGUGCCAUUGGUUCGUGGUGGUGGCCUGCAAAAUGCACGCCAUGCGGCGAAGCUUCCUGUUACCCAUGUACCUGGCCUCCUUAGGUGUUCUGGCAACGUUCGUAGCUCCUGUCAUUAUCUUCUUCCAGAACUCAAGUGACCCCAGAGGCGCUAACUACACCAUCACAGAGUACUGCGAUGACAUCACAUAUGGCAGGGGCCUACGCGGCGAUACUGUCUGGUUUGAAAGGCUAGUCAGGGACAUCACCCAUACCCUCUGUCCCCAGGACAUGACCAACCUAACAGAAAUGGUCCUCUUGGGAGGCUCUGCACUCUGCUGGUGGUUGGGUUGGAUGCUGUGUACUAUGUACAUCUGGACCCUCCGGCUUCAGCGCAUCGAGAGGACCCAGGAUCUGUUUGUGCGGAGGAUAUACGAGGGGGCCUUUCUGGAACAGUCCAUACUGCUCAACACACGUUUUGAGAUUCAGAGGAAGAAAAAAUUGUAAGAUUAUUGUAAAUUCUGUGGAGGGUGGGAGAGUUUUGUAUGUAUGUGCAUGAGAGAGAGUGCCAAAUUACGAUUCUAACGUUUCCUCCCGCCACAGGCAAACUGACCCAGUCACAGUGUACCUGUGUGCAACAAUGUGGCAUGAGAACUAUGACGAAAUGACGAAAAUGAUCAUCUCAAUGUUCAGGUACAGUCUGACGUUUUUACAUGAUUUAGAACGACACAAUUGGCAGAGUUAGCAGCUUUUUAAUGCAAAUUGUGUGUUUUUUAUUUGUUUCUUUACCAGGCUGGACAAAUACAGGCCAAGGAAUAACCCCACCAAUGAUGUGAGCUUCGAGUCCCACAUUUACUUUGAUGAUGCUUUUAAAGAUGUGAAAGGUAGUAAAGAACGACAUGUGAACGAAUACGCAGAGGACCUGGUGGAGGUUAUCCGAGAGGUUUACAAGUAAGCAGUGCAAAAAAAUUUCACAAAUGAUGAUCCAAUAUACACAGAAUUAACUGCGUAUAUACUUCAUGUAAUGUAAAAUCUGUAAAGAAAUUAAUACAUGAUAUGUAUGAUAUCAUAAUAUAAAUGUACUAGAAAAAACGAGACAUUUAUCAAUAAGAAGGAAAAAAAUUAAGAAACCACAUAUUCCCCUGAAAACCACCAGGGGAUGCUCUGCCCACAUUCUCCACCACUUGUAACAAAUCGCCAUGAAUGUGGUUGUUCGUUGAAGUGUGUGCCUAACAAAAAACUCGAGGAGGAGAACUGGAAUGAUGUCCAAACUAAUGAUGUUAAAAACCUUUACGCAAUCAAAUAAAAACACAUGGGCAGUGGGGAAAAACAUUUUUAAAAAAGGGUAAAAAGUUUGGUCUAAAGUAAGCAUAAAAACCUAAUGGGACUUUCCAUGACAAUGUCAUCAGGGUAAAUGGUCACUUCAGGGAACGCGCACAGUGGACAUCUCCUCUGAUCGUAGACAGGUGCUGGAUUGAGGCCAAGGGGCAUCUGGUGUAGUGAAAAAUACUUGAAUGCGUCAAAGCAGUGAGUUUGGUCCCUACUGCUGGGGUGCUCAGUGUGCUAAUGUAACUCAGUCCCAGCACUGCUAACUCAGUGUACACUGCAGACAUAACAGUACAGGUGAGAAUAAUGAUGUACACCAACUUUCCCUCAUUUCAACCUUCGAACCUCAGUAGCUUCAACAAGGAGGAUUCAUGCAUCUUCAGAGAGAACCCACCCCUCCCAUGCCAGAGGAUCCUGCACACCCCUUACGGAGGUCGACUGGAGUACACUCUCCCUUAUGGCAACCUGCUGAUGGUGCACUUUAAGGACAAGCUACUGAUCCGCCACAAGAAGAGAUGGUCUCAGGUGAGACAAUGCUGUCAAUAUACAGUUUACAAUGUGUUUGUGAAAGGUUUAACACUAUUUCAUCUUUGAUAGUACAAUCAUGAAGCUAUGAAUAAAAGUUGGAAAUAAAGUUGGAUGAUGAAGUUGGAUUAGACAUAAAACCAUAGACUUGAUUAGUUCACUCACUGUUGCAGAUUAUGUACUUGUACUACAUUCUCGGCUGGCGCCUCACCAGGAAGUAUUUCAAGAAGUUUGAGCUGGGUGAAGAUGAGAGCAAGCUGAGGGAAACGAUGAUGGUAAGCAACACAAACAAUACACAAUUACUCCUUCUAUUUCUAGCAUCCAUACUUGUUUAAAUUGUUAAAUUAUUCUUAUGUAGGAAAUGGGACUGAUACUUUGGAUUUUGUUAGAAGGAGAAGGACAAUACCUACCUCCUGGCUUUGGAUGGGGAUACAGACUUCCAGCCCUCUGCUGUAAUGCUCCUGAUAGAUCGACUGAAACGUUAUCCACAUGUGGGUGCGGCAUGUGGGAGGAUUCACCCGACAGGCACAGGUAUGAAUUGUAAUAAGAAUCAAAUGAUUGUUAGGGAGAUGUCAUAUCUAAUAGACAGUCACAACUUAACAAUGUACCCGGACCAUUUUUUGGAUUUAAUUGUUAAUUGGAUGUACUCACCAACCAAGACUAUUUAAGUUUAAGUUAGAGCACAAUGGUACCAUAUUUUUUUCACUAUAUGUACCCGGCCCUAAAAACAAUAUUGUAUGUGAACACUAUAUGUACAGUUAGGGUUUAAUUUACAUAAUUUAUGGCCACUAUUAUACAGAUAUCUACUCAGGUCCUAUGGUCAAAUGGAAUAAAAUGUGUUUAAAGUACAUUUAAAAUCAUAACUUUUUACAAUAUAGCAAUAGAGAUAAAAGACAAGAAUAAGUCCUAUGGUGUGCUAUCAAACGUUGGAUCAUUCUGUUAUAUUGCCCCAGGUCCUAUGGUGUGCUAUCAAACGUCGGAUCAUUCUGUUAUAUUGUUCCAGGUCCUAUGGUGUGCUAUCAAACGUCGGAUCAUUCUGUUAUAUUGUUCCAGGUCCUGUGGUGUGCUAUCAAAUGUCGGAUCAUUCUGUUAUAUUGCCCCAGGUCCUAUGGUGUGCUAUCAAACGUCGGAUCAUUAUGUUAUAUUGUCCCAGGUCCUAUGGUGUGCUAUCAAACGUCAGAUCAUUCUGUUAUAUUGCCCCAGGUCCUAUGGUGUGCUAUCAAACGUCGGAUCAUUCUGUUAUAUUGCCCCAGGUCCUAUGGUGUGCUAUCAAACGUCGGAUCAUUCUGUUAUAUUGCCCCAGGUCCUAUGGUGUGCUAUCAAACGUCGGAUCAUUCUGUUAUAUUGCCCCAGGUCCUAUGGUGUGGUAUCAGAAGUUUGAGUAUGCGGUGGGCCACUGGCUUCAGAAGACUGCAGAGCACGUGUUUGGUUGCGUGCUCUGCAGCCCCGGCUGCUUCAGUCUGUUCAGGGGCGCAGCCCUCAUGGACGACAACGUCAUGAAGAGAUACACCACUAAGUCCACAGAGGCUAGCCACUACAUACAGUACGAUCAAGGUAAAUCUUUAUUCCUGGACAACACUCACUCGAAGAACACAGCCACUUCUCUGUGCAGUACUCUCUUGUCUACAGUACCUCCCUCUGCUCUGUCACAGGUGAAGACCGCUGGCUGUGCACUCUCCUGCUGCAGCAGGGCUGGAGGGUGGAGUACAACGCUGCGUCCGAUGCCUACACCAACGCCCCCCAGGACUUCAAGGAGUUCUAUAACCAGCGGCGGCGCUGGGGGCCCUCUACCAUGGCCAACACCAUCGAUCUGCUGGGCUCAGGGUCUCUGACCUCCCAGAGGAACAGCUCCAUCUCCAAACCCUUCAUCCUCUACCAGAUUCUCAGCAUGGUUGCCUCCAUCCUAGGCCCGGCCGCAAUCUGCCUAAUGAUCUCAGGUAUCCUGCCUGUCAGGGGCCUCAUACAGCUCAAGCUUUGGGGUAGUUUGUUGUUGGAAUGUAACAGGAAACAAACAUGUUGUAAACUGAAGGAAGAUGAUUAUUGUUCAUAAUAAUUCUGGUCCUCUCCCUUUUUCAGGAAGCUUGUCGUUCAUACUGCACAUCAAUCCCAAAUACGCUCUGUUACUUGCAACAGCGCCCCCUGUGGUGUACCUGUUGCUGUGCUUCAAGCUGAAAUCGGACACACAGAUCGCCAUAGCAGCCGUCAUGAGCGUCUUGUACGCUUUCCUCAUGAUAGGAACCGCUUUGUCCAUCAUAGGUAAAUGAUGACAAUAAACUUAAUCUCAAUCAACACAAAGCAGAACCUCAAGAAUACAAACCUCAGAGUUACAUACUGCUUUCUCGGUCAUUAUGUUAACUAUCUCUGUUCAUCUCAGGUUCUAUGGUUGACCAGCAGACCAUUUGGAUUCCUAGCGGCCUGUUUAUCAUAGGCCUGGUGCUGAUUAACAUCAUCACAGCAGCGCUCCACCCCAAGGAGUUCCAUCUGGUCAUCUACGGCAUCCUCUACUUCAUCUCUAUCCCCAGUGGCUACCUCCUGCUGACCAUCUACUCAAUGGUCAACUUGAACAAUGUGUCCUGGGGCACUCGGGAGACAGGUGGCCAAAUCGCUGCAACAUCACCAGCCAAGGCCAUCACACAGCGCAUCCUACAGGCCAAGUGCUGCAAGUUUCUCUGCUGGGACAGUGGCAAAGUUGCAGACCAGAAUGACCAGGUGCCAAAAACUGUUGUGAUGGCUGAUAAGCCAAAGGUGAACCAUGUUCUGACCUCUCAGGACAAUAACAGGUAAUGACAUUUUGAGUGUCUGAAGUGUUAAUAUGAUCUCACCAGCAUAGUAUUUGGAUCUGUAUUUGUUCUAAGCAUAACUCCAAUGUUCAAAGUAAAAUACUUGUCAGAACCCCAAUUUGUGCAAGUCCUAAUACUCCAAGGUUAUAUGUGCAUUCCACAAGGCUCAGUUUCGGGAGUGUUUUAUGAUUUGCAUAUACAAAAUAUAACAUCUAACUUAGUUUAAAUCUUUCUCUUAAAAUGUGUCUUUUUCAUUUUCUCCUCUUUUGAUGUGUGUAUUGAGACAGUUGUGUGGAAUGCACACCAAAUAAUGUUGGAUUUCUUUCAAUCUAGGAUUGUGGAAUUCCGUUCUUAUCAGUAUACUGAACAAAGUGAGUAUAUUUUUUUUAUAGAUCUAUUACAAUCUUUCCACUGUGUGAAUUUAAGAUAAAGACAUUAAAAUAUUAUCUUACAAAGUGACACACACAUUUAGAUUUCACCUAGUAACCUUUAAUAUGCACACUGUGUUAACUAUGUCCCUUCUUCUUUGUGCUGGUACUGAUACUCCCUGUAUAUACAGUUGAAGUUUACAGUUGAAGUCGGAGGUUUACAUACACCUUAGCCAAAUACCUUUAAACACAGUUUUUCACAAUUCCUGACAUUUAAUCCUAGUAAAAAUUCCCUUUCUUAGGUCAGUUAGGAUCACCACUUUAUUUUAAGAAUGUGAAAUGUCAGAAUAAUAGUAAAGAGAAUGAUUUAUUUCAGCUUUUAUUCAUUUCAUCACAUUCCCAGUGGGUCAGAAGUGUCACGAUCGUCUGAGGAAACGGACCAAUACGCAGCGCGUGGAGUGAACAUGAUGACUUUAUUUAAAUAAAAGCAACCACGAAAACAACAACCAAAUGACGAUAGUGAAGUCCUACAGUGACUAUGACUGAACCUGGAACAAAAACCCACAAUUCCCACAGGAAAACAUUCAGAUAAAUAUGGCUCCCAAUCAGAGAUAACGAGCCGACAGCUGACACUCGUUACCUCCGAUUGGGAGUCAUAGACCAAACCUAGAAAUGAAGCCAACAGAAAAGCAAACAUAGAAAUACACCCAAACCCAACAUAACAAAAUACACCCUGGCUCAAAUACAAAAGUCCCGGAGCCAGAGUGUCACAGUACCCCCCCCUAAAGGUGCGAACUCCGGGCGCACCAGCAUACAGUCUAGGGGAGGGUCUGGGUGGGCGUCUGUCCACGGUGGCGGUUCUGGCCCUGGUCGUGGUCCCCACCCCACCUUAGUCACUAUCCGCUUCCGUAGCCUCCUCCACAUGACCACCCCCCAACUAAACCCCACUGGAUUAAGGGGCGGCACCGGACUAAAGGGCAGCACCGGACUAAGGGGCAGCACCGGACUAAGGGGCAGUACCGGACUAAGGGGCAGCACCAGGAUAAGGGGCAGCACCGGGCUAAGGGACAGCACCGGACUCAAUGGCGGAUCCUGGCUGGCUGGCUCUGGCGGAUCCUGGCUGGACGGCUCUGGCGGAUCCUGGCUGGACGGCUCAUGGCUGGCUGAAGGAUCUGGCUGCUCAUGGCUGGCUGACGGAUCUGGCUGCUCAUGGCUGGCUGACGGAUCUGGCUGCUCAUGGCUGGCCGACGGAUCUGGCUGCUCAUGGCUGGCCGACGGAUCUGGCUGCUCAUGGCUGGCCGACGGAUCUGGCUGAUCCUGUCUGGCCGAAGGCUCUGGCUGAUCCUGUCUGGCGGAAGGCUCUGGCUGAUCCUGUCUGGCGGAAGGCUCUGGCUGAUCCUGUCUGGCGGAAGGCUCUGGCUGAUCCUGUCUGGCGGAAGGCUCUGGCCGAUCCUGUCUGGCGGAAGGCUCUGGCUGAUCCUGUCUGGCGGAAGGCUCUGGCUGAUCCUGUCUGGCGGAAGGCUUUAGCGGCUCCGGUCUGGCGGACGGCUCUGAAGGCUCAUGGCAGACGGGCGGCUUUGCAGGCUCAGUACAGACGGGCAGUUCAUGCAGCGCUUGGCAGACGGACAGUUCAGACGGCGUUGGGCAGACAGGCAGUUCAGGCGCCGUUGGGCAGACGGGCAGUUCAGGCGCCGUUGGGCAGACGGGCAGUUCAGGCGCCGUUGGGCAGACGGGCAGUUCAGGCGCCGUUGGGCAGACGGCCGACUCUGGCCGGCCGAGACGCACUAUAGGCCUGGUGCGUGGUGCCGGAACUGGUGGUCCCGGGCUGAGGACACGCAUCUCAGGGCUAGUGCGGGGAGUAGCAACAGGGCAUGCUGGACCCUGGGGACGCACAUAAGGCCUAGUGCGUGGUGCCGGAACUGGUGGUCCCGGGCUGAGGACACGCAUCUCAGGGCUAGUGCGGGGAGCAGCAACAGGGCACACAGGACUCUGGGGACACACAGGAGGCUUGGUGCGUGGUGUAGGCACUGGUGGUACUGGGCUGGAGCGGGGAGGUGGCGCCGGAAAUACCGGACCGUGCAGGCGUACUGGCUCCCUUGAGCACUGAGCCUGCCCAACCUUACCUGGUUGUAUACUCCCCGUCGCCCGACCAGUACGGGAAGGAGGAAUAACCCGCACCGGGCUAUGUAGGCGAACCGGGGACACCAUGCGUAAGGCUGGUGCCAUGUAAGCCGGCCCGAGGAGACGCACUGGUGGCCUGAUGCGUUGGGCCGGCUUCAUGACAUCCGGCUCAACGCUCAAUCUAGCCCGGCCGAUACGUGGAGCUGGAAUGUACCGAACCGGGCUAUGCCUGCGUACAGGAGACACCAUGCGCUCUACUGCGUAACACGGUGUCUGCCCGUACUCUCGCUCUCCACGGUCAGUCCAGGGAGUAGGCGCAGGUCUCCUACCUGACUUCGCCACACUCCCUUUAAGCCCCCCCCCAAUAAAUUUUUGGGUAGUACCCACGGGCUUCCAGCCUUGACUCCGUGCUGCCUCCUCAUACCGCCUCCUCUCGGCUUUAGCUGCCUCCAGCUCUUCACGAGGGCGGCGAUAUUCUCCCGGUUGUGCCCAAGGACCCUUUCCAGCCAGUAUCUCCUCCCAUGUCCAUGAAUCCUUUGGAGCUGGGUCCUGUUGCCGCUUGACACGCUGCUUGGUCCUCUUAUGGUGGGUUUUUCUGUCACGAUCGUCUGAGGAAACGGACCAAUACGCAGCGCGUGGAGUGAACAUGAUGACUUUAUUUAAAUAAAAGCAACCACGAAAACAACAACCAAAUGACGAUAGUGAAGUCCUACAGUGACUAUGACUGAACCUGGAACAAAAACCCACAAUUCCCACAGGAAAACAUUCAGAUAAAUAUGGCUCCCAAUCAGAGAUAACGAGCCGACAGCUGACACUCGUUACCUCCGAUUGGGAGUCAUAGACCAAACCUAGAAAUGAAGCCAACAGAAAAGCAAACAUAGAAAUACACCCAAACCCAACAUAACAAAAUACACCCUGGCUCAAAUACAAAAGUCCCGGAGCCAGAGUGUCACAAGAAGUUUACAUACACUCAAUUAGUAUUUGGUAGCAUUGCCUUUAAAUUGUUUAACUUGGGUCAAACGUUUCGGGUAGCCUUCCAGAAGCUUCCCACAAUAAGUUGGGUGAAUUUUGGCCCAUUCCUCCUGACAGAGCUGGUGUAACUGAGUCAGGUUUGUAGGCCUCCUUGCUCGCACACACUUUUUCAGUUCUGCCCACACAUUUUCUAUAGGAUUGAGGUCAGGGCUUUGUGAUGGCCACUCCAAUACCUUGACUUUGUUGUCCUUAAGCCAUUUUGCCACAACUUUGGAAGUAUGCUUGGGGUCAUUGUUCAUUUGGAAGAACUAUUUGCGACCAAGCUUUAACUUCCUGACUGAUGUCUUGAGAUGUUGUUUCAAUAUAUCCACAUAAUUGUCCUUCCUCAUGAUGCCAUCUAUUUUGUGAAGUACACCAGUCCCUCCUGCAGCAAAGCACCCCCACAGCAUGAUGCUGCCACCCCCGUGCUUCACGAUUGGGAUGGUGUUCUUCGGCUUGCAAAUGUAUCCCCUUUUUCCUCCAAACAUUACGAUGGUCAUUAUGGCCAAACAGUUCUAUUUUUGUUUAAUCAGACCAGAGGACAUUUCUCCAAAAAGUACAAUCUUUGUCCCCAUGUGCAGUUGCAAACCGUAGUUUGGCUUUUUUAUGGCGGUUUUGGAGCAGUGGCUUCUUCCUUGCUGAGCGGCCUUUCAGUUUAUGUCGAUAUAGGACUUGUUUUACUGUGGAUAUAGAUACUUUUGUACCCGUUUCCUCCAGCAUCUUCACAAGGUCCUUUGCUGUUGUUCUGGGAUUGAUUUGCACUUUCCACACCAAAGUACGUUAAUCUCUAGGAGACAGAACGCGUCUCCUUCCUGAACGGUAUGACGGCUGCGUGGUCCCAUGGUGUUUAUACUUGCGUACUAUUGUUUGUACAGAUGAACGUGGUACCUUCAGGCAUUUGGAAAUUGCUCCCAAGGAUGAACCAGACUUGUGGAGGUCUACAAUUUUUUUUCUGAGGUCUUGGCUGAUUUCUUUUAAUUUUCCGAUGAUGUCAAGCAAAGAGGCACUGAGUUUGAAGGUAGGCCUUGAAAUAAAUCCACAGGUACACCUCCAAUUGACUCAAAUGAUGUCAAUUAGCCUAAUCAGAAGCUUCUAAAGCCAUGACAUCAUUUUUUGGAAUUUUCCAAGCUGUUUAAAGGCACAGUCAACUUAGUGUAUGUAAACUUCUGACCCACUGGAAUUGUGAUAUAGUGAAUAAUGAUAAUCUGUCUGUAAACAAUUGUUGGAAAAAUUACACAAAUGCACAAAGUAGAUGUCCUAACCGACUUGCCAAAACUAUAAUAUGUUAACAAGAAAUUGUAAUUUUAACGAGUUUUAAUGACUACAACCUAAGUGAAUGUAAACUUCCGACUUCAACUGUAGUUCCAUUCUUGUGUAUUUUAUUUGAUUCCUCGUGUUAGUUACUAUUUUAUUUUAUUUUAUAAUUUUUUUAACUGCAUCGUUGGAAAAGGUUCGUCAGCAAGCAUUUCACUGUCAUAAAGUCUACACCAGUUGUAUUCGGCGCAUGUGAUCAAUAAGAUUUUAUUUGAUUCUUUGUAUCUACAGACUGGGUAACACAACUGCAGAAUAAGUCCUAUGACUUCCCUCUAAAUGAAUAUUUUCUUGUGAAGGUAGAGUGUUCUUAUUCUAUGUCUAACAUAAUAUGAUAGUAUUCCUGAAUAACAUUAAAGUAACAAGAUGCAUUUACAGGCCUACAUAUACAUAUAGAUUAUGGGGAUAAAGUAGACUAAUUGUCUAACCACUCCAGAUUGUUGUUAUAUCCAGAAUCACAUAUGUUUGACUGUAGAUAUCUGACUUAACUAUUUAAUAAGUGUCUCUUGGUGUGCUUCAGGAAGAGGAGGACUUUUGGAGAGAGCUCCAGAAGGUCUAUUUGGAACCUCUGGCUGAGGAUAAAGAAAAACAGAAGAAAAUCACAAAUGACCUAAAGGAACUGAGAAAUAAGGUAUGCUGGAUGCAUAGCUGUUUUGAGUGGGUGGUGCUAGGGGGGUGGGGGAGAACUCCCCUUUAUGACAAAGCAUUGCAUGCAUCUAUAAUCAGUAUAUAAACGGAGUUUACCAAACAUUAGGAACACCUUCCUAAUAUUGAGUUGCAACCCCCCUUUUGCCCUUAGAAUAGCUUCAAUUCGUUGGGGCAUGGACUCUAAAAAGGUGUCGAAAGCGUUCCACAGGGAUGCUGGCCCAUGUUCAGUACAAUGCUUCCCACAGUUGUGUCAAGUUGGCUGGAUGUCCUUUGGGUGGUGGACCAUUCUUGGUACACAUGGGCAACUGUUGAGUGUGAAAAACCCAGUAGCGUUGCAGUUCUUGACACAAACCGGUGCGCCUGGCAUCAACUACCAAAGCCACUUAAAUAUUUUGUCUUGCCCAUUCACCCUCUGAAUGGCACACAUACACAACUCAUGUAUCAAUUGUCUCAAGGCUUAAAAAUCCUUCUUUAACCUGUCUCCUCCCCUUCAUCUACACUGAUUAAAGUGGAUUUAACAAGUGACAUCAAUAAGGGAUCAUAACUUUCACCUGGAUUCACUUGGUCAAUCUGUCAUGGAAUGUGUUUGUAUACUCAGUGUGUAUAUAUAUAUUAUUGGCUACAGUAGGCUAGUAAAUAACUUUCCAGUGACACUGACUCACCCAAUGAUGCGAUGAAGCCUAGGCUUCUCACCGGUGAUGGCCGGUUAGUGGAUAAGCUACUUCGAAAAACAUUUAUGUCUGCUUUUCGAUCAGAAUCACUCAAAAGUUGAGAAAAAUAUUGUUAGCUACUACAGACAAAUGAGUCUUCUCUUUUCAGCAGUAGGCAUUUGCUUUCCAAACUGAAACUGUAUGUUUUUCUUGCGAUUGUAUUUAGACAUUUGUGAAAGGCAAACUGACAGCCGCAACCAACCAUAGAAAUAUAAUCUGUAGAAAUGCUAGCUAUUAAAAUCAGUUCAAAUAACAACAUUAGGGGAUUAAUCCAAGGCUUAAAAACGAAGGUGUCCAUGAAUGCUGAUGACUCAAGUUUUAUAUUUUAUAUGUCUCAUUGAAGAUCUAGAUAACUUUUCUGGCCUCUCUAGACUAAAAGUGUACCAUAUUACGUAUUGAAUCUUUAAAAGACAACUUUUACGUUUACCUAUAAAAUGGGCUGAUGGUGAAGUAUAUAAAUAAUUACACUGAUUAACUCGUUAGUCAUAUCUCAGUUUACUCAUUUACUUAUGGCGCAGCCUACUACUUAAGCGAAUAUUUCGCUUUAUCUGGGAUGCUAAACCAGACAAGAUAAAGCGUGCCUAUCUAUAUAAUGAAUGCGAGGAUACAGAAUCAAUAGACCGUUUGUUCUGGUAUUGCCCUCAGGUAGCCUGUUUCUGGUCUCAGGUUCAGGAAUUGCUGAAAAAGCGUAACGUUAAUUGAAAAUUGACCCUAGAAUUAGGAUUGUUGGGAGAUUUGGAGAGACCUGGUCAGUCAAUUAUUAAUAUACUAAUACUCUUAGUAAAAGUAUCUAUCUUCAACUCGCAAUCUGUGGAUUCUAUUCGAUUAGAUAGAUUAAAAUUGUGUGUAAAAAAAUCGCAACAUAGUUGAAAGAUACACUGCUCAUCGAACGUCUCAUUCAAAAAUCUUGAAUGGUUGAGGGGAAGCUCUCAGGGGGAACUGUGGGGGGAUCCUGGAUGGUUGGUGGCCUGGCGGUUGGAAGUACAAUGUUGGGUGGGGGAUCUGUCGAUGUGCCCUUGGGCGGGUCGCUUGACCCUGGUUGCUCCUGUGGGUCGCUCUGGAUGGGAGCGUCUGCUAUAAGACUCAAAUGUGAUGUAAAUGUUGAGCGGCUUCACUGCAGGUAGAUUGUAUGUUAAAUAAAUAAAUAAAUUAUAUAUACAGUACCAGUCAAAAUUUUGGACACACCUACUUAUUCAAGGGUUUUUCUUUAUUUUUACUAUUUUCCACAUAGUAGAAUAAUAGUGAAGACAAAGCUGUCAUCAAGGCAAAGGGUGGCUACUUUGAAGAAUCUCAAAUAUAAAAUAUAUUUUGAUUUGUUUAACACUUUUUUUGUGACUACAUGAUUCCAUAUGUGUUAUUUCAUAGUUUUGAUGUCUUCACUAUUAUUUUACAAUGUAGAAAAUAGUAAAAAAAAAAAAAAAAAAUAAUAAUAUAUAUAUAUAUAUAUAUAUAUAUAUAUAUAUAUAUAUAUGGCAGUUCACAAUCAAGUCAGGACUGGCAGCCAUUGCUAGUGUACCCAUGAGUUUAACAGUCAAAGUGCCAGUGUUAGAGGUUCCAAAACCCUUCUAUGGAUUAUAUGUCUAUGGCCACAACGCAACAAGCUAUUCUAUAUUUGGCACCCGCUGCCCAAAUUGCAGCCUUUCCAACUGUAAGUGCUAAGUGCUUGUGAUAAAACUAUUUUUGUGGCUAAAUUAUGCUCUCUGGUGUAGUAUUUCUAAUUAUUUUAUUUAUGUCUGUUCAGACUGCAGUAAUAUAAUUUGUGACCGACCGGCUCGAUGUCAUGUAGCAAAAUUGGAAGUGGUGUUUUUUACAUUGGAUAAAAGUAGAGACUCAGAGCUAGAAAAUGAUAUAUCAUACACUACAGCUGAGGAACAAUGGGAAAGUAAUUCUGCUUUGAAAGUUAAUAAACUUGUAACCCCACUUUUGGGUCCCUUGAAUGUUUUGGUACACCUGCUGGAGAGCUCUUCUUUAUCUACACCCAUUCAGCAUCAUUCACACCCUCUUAAGCCUUAGCCCUACCCAUCUCUUUAAGGAUUCACAUGUGAGGUGAUGUGCUACAAAGAGUGACUACUAAAUAGUGACUACUAAAAGACUAAAGGCUGAUUUAUACUAUGUUUAUCGUCAUGUCUGUAGACAGUUGUCGCAGUGACAUCAUGAACAUUCUAUUGUCGUCCGACAUCAAACUUGUCGUUAUGAAAAAGUAUAAACACAAAAAUGACACGCUGCAUGACAUCAGCAGCCUGGUGGUCCAAAAUAGCAUAACUGGUGUAUUUUAACACCAAUAACCCAUCCGUUUUAAAAUUAAUUUAGUAUAUUUCAAUCUAGCAAACCAGGGAACUAAAAGCACCUCUCUAAACAAUGUUUUGGUUAGUUUUUAACUUAGAUGGCUAGCCAGUUCAAAUACUGACCAUAUCAUAUAGCUUACAAUGUCUUAACUUUAGCUAAUUUGUAUUCAUUAUUACAGGAAAAUAAAUUCACAACAAGAUCCUUAUUUACAAGUUAAUGGCGAGCUAAUGACAGAAAAAUGCUUACGGUUGUUAGUGUGACAAAAUAAAAGCAAGGCAUUCUACCGGAGAAUUUUAGAACUUGGACAUUGUCUCAUUGGCCUAAUGUUGACUUUGAUGCAGGUCAUGUUUUUCUUCACAUUACCGUCUCUGGUAAACACACACUAUAUCAAAUAAAAUCUAAGUUUAUUUGUCACAUGCACAGGAUACAGAAGGUGUACAGGUACAGUGAAAUGGUUACUAGUAUAGUGGAGUCUUUUAGCUAGCUAGAUAAACAAUUAACCAUAAUCCCAACUCAUAACGUUACUACCAUGCAUUAAUCUGUAGCUAAAGCUAACCAACUAGGUUCAAUGUUAGCUAGCUAGCUAACUUUGGGCUAUAAUUAGCAAUGCAAAUGGCUCUGAGAUACAAAUAAUAUUACUACACAGAUCAUACACGUAACGUUAGCUAGUGAGCCAGCCAGCUAACGUUAGCUAGCUAGCUAACCCAACGCUUUAACUUGCAAUGAAAACAACUUUCUGACAAAAUUUGAAAUGUAUAAUAUCUGAAAAUGUAGCUAGCUAGACUCUCUUACCUGUAUACAUGUAUGAAUGCUUCUCCCUCUCUGUCACGGAUGCCAUGGUUGCCCUUAGUUUGAAGUUGUAAUCCGGAGACAGGUGUUUUAUACAACAGCUUUCUGUGUGUUCUCUUUUCGACUCCCUCCGCAUAUUUGCAAUCCGAUGCCAGAAUUCUAUCCAUCUCAUUAGCUAUCAUACUCUGCUUCCACUGGGCAUUCCACUGAUUUCAAAACUCGGUCCUCCAGAAAGUGUAGAGCAUUAGCUACACUUUUGCAGUUCUUCAUGAUAUCUUUCAAAAAAGCCGCAUUAGAAAGGAUUACAGUGGGGGGAAAAAGUAUUUAGUCAGCCACCAAUUGUGCAAGUUCUCCCACUUAAAAAGAUGAGAGAGGCCUGUAAUUUUCAUCAUAGGUACACGUCAACUAUGACAGACAAAAUGAGAAAAAAAAAUCCAGAAAAUCACAUUGUAGGAUUUUUAAUGAAUUUAUUUGCACAUUAUGGUGGAAAAUAAGUAUUUGGUCAAUAACAAAAGUUUCUCAAUACUUUGUUAUAUACCCUUUGUUGGCAAUGACACAUGUCAAGUGUUUCUGUAAGUCUUCACAAGGUUUUCACACACUGUUGCUGGUAUUUUGGCCCAUUCCUCCAUGCAGAUCUCCUCUAGAACAGUGAUGUUUUGGGGCUGUCGCUGGGCAACACGGACUUUCAACUCCCUCCAAAGAUUUUCUAUGGGGUUGAGAUCUGGAGACUGGCUAGGCCACUCCAGGACCUUGAAAUGCUUCUUACGAAGCCACUCCUUCGUUGCCCGGGCGGUGUGUUUGGGAUCAUUGUCAUGCUGAAAGACCCAGCCACGUUUCAUCUUCAAUGCCCUUGCUGAUGGAAGGAGGUUUUCACUCAAAAUCUCAUGAUACAUGGCCCCAUUCAUUCUUUCCUUUACACGGAUCAGUCGUCCUGGUCCCUUUGCAGAAAAACAGCCCCAAAGCAUGAUGUUUCCACCCCCAUGCUUCACAGUAGGUAUGGUGUUCUUUGGAUGCAACUCAGCAUUCUUUGUCCUCCAAACAUGACGAGUUGAGUUUUUACCAAAAAGUUAUAUUUUGGUUUCAUCUGACCAUAUGACAUUCUCCCAAUCCUCUUCUGGAUCAUCCAAAUGCACUCUAGCAAACUUCAGACGGGCCUGGACAUGUACUGGCUUAAGCAGGGUGACACGUCUGGCACUGCAGGAUUUGAGUCCCUGGCGGCGUAAUGUGUUACUGAUGGUAGGCUUUGUUACUUUGGUCCCAGCUCUCUGCAGGUCAUUCACUAGGUCCCCCCGUGUGGUUCUGGGAUUUUUGCUCACCGUUCUUGUGAUCAUUUUGACCCCACGGGGUGAGAUCUUGCGUGGAGCCCCAGAUCGAGGGAGAUUAUCAGUGGUCUUGUAUGUCUUCCAUUUCCUAAUAAUUGCUCCCACAGUUGAUUUCUUCAAACCAAGCUGCUUACCUAUUGCAGAUUCAGUCUUCCCAGCCUGGUGCAGGUCUACAAUUUUGUUUCUGGUGUCCUUUGACAGCUCUUUGGUCUUGGCCAUAGUGGAGUUUGGAGUGUGACUGUUUGAGGUUGUGGACAGGUGUCUUUUAUACUGAUAACAAGUUCAAACAGGUGCCAUUAAUACAGGUAACGAGUGGAGGACAGAGGAGCCUCUUAAAGAAGAAGUUACAGGUCUGUGAGAGCCAGAAAUCUUGCUUGUUUGUAUGUGACCAAAUACUUAUUUUCCACCAUAAUUAUACCAAAUAAAUUCAUUAAAAAUCCUACAAUGUGAUUUUCUGGAUUUUUUUUUCCUCAAUUUGUCUGUCAUAGUUGACGUGUACCUAUGAUGAAAAUUACAGGCCUCUCUCAUCUUUUUAAGUGGGAGAACUUGCACAAUUGGUGGCUGACUAAAUACUUUUUCCCCCCACUGUACCUACACAUACUGAGCAGCUCAUGUUAUAGACAGAAGCGUGUUACAUGGCAGACUAAUCCAAACUCAUCUCUCGGCAUGUCCAGCCCAUCCAUUAUCUCAGCCAAUGAUGGCUAGUUGGAAGGUUCCUGUCUUUUUCCGUGGCUAAACCAACUAGGCUCGUAAUUUAACAAUUGUAUUCGUAUUUACAGAUGGCAUACAAGUUUGUCAUUAAGUCACAUUAAAGUUUACAUGUUCCAGAAGGCACUUCUGCCACAAAACGCAUUUUGAUUUAAAAAAAAGAACGUUUACAUUCAAAUGCCUCUCCUGUGAAGUAGUGACAUUUUUGGAUGUUUUAUUUUUUUAUUUUACCAACAUUAUUUACAUUUAUCAGGGGGUGCUGCAGCACUCCUACUUCCCUGCGGCUAUGGCUGGAUGCUGUCUUUUCAUUUCAAUGUACAUGAUAUUAGCAUCAAGUAGAAGGUGUAGUACUUUAUGUCUGCUUCUGGUAUUAAAGAGAUAGUUUAGUGCUGUUGAAACUGACUAGUCGGAGCAAUCCACUGUUUGUGUAUGCUUGCUUGUCAUGUUCAUAUCCCUUUAAUGAAACUCUUCUCCUCUUCAUACAGGUGACUUUUGUCUUUUUCAUCUGCAAUGCCAUGUGGCUGGUGGCGACUUUCACUCUUCAGGCCAUUGGAACCUCAGUCACCAUCAGAAUCCCAAAACACAAUCUCAAUCUGACUCAGACUAGGGAGUAUCUAUUCAUCGAUCCAGUAGGACUGAUGUUCCUUUUGGGAUUUGCAUCCUUACUGCUGAUCCAGUUCUUUGCCAUGUUCUACCACAGGUGAUUAUUUUAAUUAUUUAUUUAUUUAUAGGCAGGAUCACCAAAUUCCAACCCACAUUUUCAAAAUACUCUCUAUUCUUGAUUUAAUGUUUUAUUUUAUUUAUUUUUUACGAACAAUGUGAUUUAGGUUGACUUUAUAUUAUGAUCCAUUAACCCAUGAAAUCGUACCAAUUUUAUAGCUGUUACAUUAUUAUUUUGUUUUUGUUCCUUUAGAAUUUACACUCUGAUCCAUUUUGUUGCAUUUGUGAAUACGGAGUCCAAGACUGGGAGAAGACUAUCAGACGAUGACAUGCAG